AUGCGGGUCUCCCUGUGCCUGGCCUUCGCAGCCUUCGCAGCUGCCCAGCCGGCGCCGCUGCUGCAGCAGGUUGAGGAGCUGCAGAAGGAGCUGUCACAGCAGCGGCAGUUGAUUCAGGAGCUGAAGGAGACACGCCGUUUGCAGGCGGAAAAAAGCGAAAGCAUGGCUGACAAGAUCACCAAGUUGCAGGAAACUGAUUUGGGACUGGGUGGAGCCCUUGAUUCAGCCUGGCUUUGCCUCUGUGGAGCUUUGGUGAUGUUCAUGCACGCCGGCUUCGCUAUGUUGGAGACGGGAUGCUGUCGUGCCAAGAACGCCUCCAACGUUUUGAUGAAGAAUUUGGUGAAUGUUUGCUGCGGAACCUUGGGCUGGUGGAGCAUUGGCUGGGCUUUGGCCUAUGGUGAACAGAACGGCAAUGGUUUCAUUGGAACCGACGGCUUCUUUGGUUUCGGCUUCUACACACGGGACAAGGCCAGUGGAGUGAUCACACCUGUUGAAUGCACUGCUGAUGGCUGCCAAUCGACUAUGUUAAGCUGGUUCUUCCAAUGGGCGUUUUGUACUGCCGGUGCCACCAUUGUGAGUGGGGCAGUGGCCGAGCGUGUCAAGAGCCCCACUUAUGCCGCCUUUGCGUUCCUGAUGACAAGUUUCAUCUAUCCUAUGGUUGUGGCAUCAACCUGGGGUGGUGGCUGGCUGGCCUCACUUUUUGGCGUGGGCUACAUGGACUUUGCAGGGUCAGGCGUUGUGCAUCUUACCGGUGGCAUCAGCGGACUUGUUGGCACUACCAUUCUGGGAGCGCGUACCGGGCGCUUCACCAACCCAGAGGAGUUCGAGUGCCACAACCUGCCAUUGGUUGUUUUGGGUACCUUUGCUCUUUGGUUCGGUUGGUAUGGCUUCAACCCUGGCUCCACCCUUACCAUGAAGUCAGGCAGUGAUGGUGCUUUGGCAGCUCAGGUGGCCAUGAACACCACCUUGGCUGCGGCCACAGGUGGUAUCACCGUGUUCCUCCUCCGCUACGUCAUCAUGCACAAGUACGAUGUUGGCGCCUUGUGCAACGGCAUCCUGGCCGGCUUGGUGUCGAUCACCGCGGGCUGCGGAAACAUGGAGAGCGGAAGUGCCGUUGCCACCGGCUUGAUUGGAGGCUUUGUGUAUCAAGCAGCAUCGAUGCUCCUUCAAGCGCUGAAGAUUGAUGACCCAGUGGAUGCUAGCCCGGUCCACGGCUUUUGUGGAGCCUGGGGCAUCAUAGCAGCAGGCCUCUUCGACUGGGGUCGGGGUAUCGACCACUACCAUGGCUGGAGUGGAUUCGGAUGCAUGGAGAAGGAUGAUGGUGGCUGCCAGACUGGCAUUGGUGGCACUGCCAUUGGGGUCCAAUUCAUCAUGGUCCUGGCCAUUGUGGCAUGGGCGGGAACCUUGUCUGGCAUUGGUUUCUUCCUGUUGAAAAUCACUGGGGUGCUCCGCUACGGCACUCACGUGGAAGAGGUGGGCAUUGAUUCUCAUCACCACUCUCCACCAAAGGCCUACGCUUUGGAACCCAAGUCUCUCUCCCCAUCAAAGGUCUAUUCCACGAUGACCUCGGAAACCCAGCCGAGCACGGUCUGAGCAUCAGGACAUUGCUCAGAGUCAGAGGUCAACAGGUAGCAGUUUCGUGCACAUGACCUACCUGUUUGAGUGAGGGAAGUGGAGCUUCUCAUGCAAGGAGUGCCUGCAGUGUGUGAAAUCGCAUUGUAGUAGCACGGUUUUUGUUCCUGUAACGUAUUUUAUCCAUCUUUAUCCAUCUUUAUCCUGUGAAUAGCAGGAUUGAAUUCGAGCCAGUUGCCUGGCAAUUUAGUGCCUUGGCUUCCUUUGAUGAUCCCUUGGAGCUUCAAGGGAGGCGCACAAGUUUUGUGGCCGCAUCGCACGCAUGUGGCCCAGAAAUCCGACACCACACUUCUCCCGUGCCACGGCUUCUUCCAUUCCAUCGGAGUCAGGCCCUACACCGAUCCGACCCUGCAGCCACGGCAUGGCAG